UUCUAAGCGAUAAGAAUUCGGUGGUCUAAUUUAUAUUCCAAUUUGUUUUCGCACAAAAAUGAUUUGGUAUCGCUCUUACAUUUGUUUACUGUUCUUGUUGCUUGGCUUUGCAUUGUGCGCUGAACCAGAGAACUCAUCCCACAUCGCAGUUUCUGAAGGGAGAAAGUUUUUUGUUCACCAAGGUGUGCAAAACCGCACUGAAAUUCCCGUUAACAUCAAAGUUAUUACCGUAAAACGUAUGAAGCAUAAUAAAUAUCGACUUCCACGUCCGACCCCAAAACGUCGCAGGCCGUCAUAUCAGCGACCCCCAUCAGCUCUGUAUCCAAUACCGCCUGCAGUUUAUCCAAGGCCACCACCACAAUACUCGUACGUAUCGCCACCAUGGUAUUUGCCGUAUCAGCAACAACCAUAUCCGCUACCGCCAUACGUGCCGCCCUUUAUGUGGUCUCCUACGGGUCCAAGACCAUUGCCCGGUUUGCAGCCUGUGCCUGCACCUUCACCAGCACCUGAGCCAUUGCCGUCACCAUCGCCGUCUCCUUCGCCAUCGCCUUCUCCUUCACCACCGCCUUCUGCUUCACCACCGCCUUCUCCGUCACCACCGCCUUCUCCUUCACCACCGCCUUCUCCAUCACCACCGCCUUCUCCUUCACCACCGCCUUCUCCAUCACCAUCGCCUUCUCCAUCACCACCACCCUCUCCAUCACCAUCUCCAUCGCCUUCUCCCUCACCAUCUCCACCACCAUCGCCAGGAUCUUCGUCUCUCCCAUUACAAGAUCCAUUUCCCGAAUCGAUACAUUCACAACCAGAGCCAUCAACAACGUUUUCUCAAUCAACCGGGCCAACACUAUCACCAGCUCUAUUUGAAAUUCCACAGCCAGCAAUUUCAACGUCACUAAUAGAGUUACCUCCACCAUAUAAAUCACCCAUCGCUGACGUAGAUAGUUCCAUUUCCAGUCCAUUGCUAACGAAAGGCGAUUUCUGCGAAGUCGUCGUAUUUUUGUGCAAUCUCGACGAUAAUCCCGAUAUACCUGAACCCCCUGAGCAAUUUUGUGAACUCUUCAAUCCCUCAUGUGCUGCCUCGAACUUAAUAAGCUCGCCUACUCAGGCACUUACUUGGCUCUGCGAAAUGUUUCCUUCGCACUGGAUGUGCAACGCGCCCGUGAAGACGCCUAUUAAGUUUUGCAAGCAAUUUGCAAGUCAUUGGACCUGCUUAACAAAUGAAGAGUUUAUCGAUUUCAAUGCGCUCUUAGAGCCCACACCCGAACGACCUAAACAGGUGAAAUGGUUUUGCCAGCAAUUCCCUAACGAUUGGAUGUGUGAAGAUCCGGUGACGUCUCCGCCAGGUUUCUGUGAAAAAUUCCCCACACAUUGGGCGUGCGCAGCGCAAGAAGAAUUCAUGGGAGACAAUUCACAACCGCCAGCAGGACUCGAAACCUUCUGCAAUCUUGUACCGAAUUAUUGGAUGUGCGAGAGUCCGCUGCAACCACCACUCGGGUUUUGUGAGACUUAUCCACGAAAUUGGGCUUGUCAGACACAGUUAGCGAACGCUGAAGUGCAACCGCCUUUGUGUGUCUACUUCCCAUGGAUUUGUGAAGAUCCAACCAUAUCCAGCAUUGACAAACACCGUCCAGUUCACUCGUUACCCAUUGAUGUAUUACUAAAGUACUCAGAUCUAAAAAUACGACAAAGCGGCAGCAUAAGCAUACCAUCUGAGCUCUUCAAAGUGAAGCGGCACAAGACUGCUGUUCAGUCGUUUACGAAACCGGUUCGUGUGACUAGGCCAAAUAAGAGUGUCUACAAGCCGCCGCUUUCAGAUAACAAAAAACGUGUUGCUGAUUUGGAUUGGUUAGAAUAAGAUCGUUUUGUGUUCCGCUUUUAACACUUACUUAAGAAAUUGAAAAUUGUUGUUAUUUUAGGUUAUGUUGAGUUCAUGACUAUU